AUGGCUGUAGGCCAGCUCCACAGCUCUAAUCCAACGCUCACUCAGUUUUUCAAACUGUUAUGUGCUUUAUCAAGGGCUGGCGCUCACUGUAUAUUUGUCUAUGACGGGAAUGAACCGGCACAGAUUAAACGAGGUCGUCAAGUUGUCACAAAUGAAUUGGACUACCUGAAGCAAUCGAGAACAUUAAUUAAGCAUUUUGGUUACCAGAGCCAUCUGGCUCCUGGUGAAGCAGAAGCCGAAAUAGCUGCCAUGCUCAAGCAGGGAAUCAUUGAUACAGUGCUCUCCAAGGACAAUGACAUUUUUCCCCUUGGAGCUGUAUCUGUCAUGAAUCUUGUGGUACCACGGUGA